GACUGCCUAGACAGGAACCUGCCAUUACCAAUCCUACUUUCUAUGCACGCAAGACCAAAUACAUUGAUCCAUACACACCUAUCCUUCCUUCGCCUCCAAUGUUCAAAGACUACUAUCUCGUACAUUUGCCUAUUCUGUGAAGAUAUCCUAGUAAGUUUCUUCAUACCGUGCCAAUCAAGCACCAUACACCACACAUCACACAACAGAAAGUUACAAGCCCUCCCCGAAUUCUUCUCACAAAAGCUUCGACCCGCAAAACCUUCCUUAUUUAUUCUAGCCCCAUUUCAGGAUCAAGCUCGCUACCUACAACAAGCAAAAUCACAUGUAGAUAAUAUAGAUCAAUACGAGGAAGCUCAGACUGCAAAGCAGUGCAUACUACACGUACCGGACCAAUUUCCGACCUUAAUAACCACAAUCCCCCAGUACAGUUCACGUAUCGAUUAG